AACCCUUCUGUAUAAUCCCUUUAAAUCCUGAACCAACUUGAAUUAAACCACCAUUACCAUGAGCCCCGCUAAGUUCCAUGAAGAUCACGAUCGUCCCUACGAGCGUUCAAAAAGUAGCAACAAAGAUUUCAUCAAUGGCGGCCCUCGUCCAUCUCCAUUGAAGAUAAGCAAAGAGUCUUACACCAUUCACAAAUCAUCCUAUUCACCGUUUUCUUCUUUUUCUUCUUCAACCUCCACGUCCUUACCUGGGGUUGUUCAUAAUGUCGAUAACAAGCAGCAGCAGCAGCAGCGACAACCAGUGAUUAUAUACACGCAUUCACCAAAGGUUAUUCAUACACAGGCGAGGGAUUUCAUGGCUUUGGUGCAAAAACUCACUGGACUUUCAAGCUCCACUUCCCAUGAUGAUGAUCAAGAACAAGAAGAGUCCAACAAUAAUAAGAACCCUAAUCUUGGUCAUAAUGAAACAGAUGAAAAUCAUGAUGAUUCAUCAUCCGUUUCUCACGUUAUGAAUCCUCUCUUCUCUCCCAAUUCAACUGAUUUCUUCUGUCCGCCGAGGCCAAUGCAUAGAUUUUCAGAUUACACUUCGCCAAAUAGCAACAAUCCAAUCUCGCCUUCGGUGUUGGAGUUCAUCAAGGAAUUACCAUGAUUAAAUGUGUAUUAUGUAGUGGUUUAAUUCAUUAAUUCUUUGAACAUUCACAUUGAAAUCUG